GACAGAAACACACACUGCUCCACUGGAACAUCUUGGGAAAUUAUGCAGUGAAACAUUCAACUCCUCUGAGGCUGAGAAGAAAAGCCUAUAGUUGUUCUCCAGUACUCUCUGUGACACACUGAGUUUGAGGGAUGACGGUCACUUACACCGCCAGGGUGGCGAAUGCGCGCUUCUGCGGCUUCUCUAAACUACUGCUGGCCUGGAGGGGAAGCAUCUAUAAAGUCCUGUACAAAGAGUUGUUGUUUUUUUUCGCCAUGUACACUGCAAUCAGCAUCACAUACAGAUUCUUCCUUGUGGACGAUCAGAAGAGAUACUUUGAAAAGCUUUCCAUUUACUGCAACAACUACGCCAGUCUCAUCCCGAUGUCUUUCGUAUUAGGGUUUUACGUGACAUUAAUAGUGAAUCGCUGGUGGAGUCAGUACACCUCCAUCCCGUUGCCGGACAGGAUCAUGUGCACGCUCUCUGGGGGCGUUCAGGGCGGGGACGAGCACGGCCGGCUUCUGAGACGCACGCUGAUGCGCUACACCAGUCUGUCCGCGCUCCUGAUCCUGCGCUCCGUCAGCACUGCCGUGUUCAAGAGAUUCCCCACUAUGGAUCACGUAGUUGAAGCAGGUUUCAUGACAAGAGAAGAGCGUAAGAAGUUUGAGAGUUUACAGUCUCCCUAUAAUAAGUACUGGGUCCCGUGUGUGUGGUUCACUAACCUGGCCGCGGUCGCCCGCUGUGACGGCAGAAUCAAAGACGACAACACUUAUAAACUUCUACUGGAGGAGCUGAACAACUUCAGAGGGAAGUGCAGCAUGCUUUUCCACUAUGACAUGAUCAGCAUACCAUUGGUCUACACACAGGUUGUUAGUCUGGCAGUUUACAGUUUCUUCCUGGUGUGUCUGAUUGGUCGUCAGUUUCUGGACCCGGGUCAGGGUUACCCGGGUCACGACCUUGACCUUUACGUCCCCAUCUUUACCCUUCUGCAGUUCUUUUUCUAUGCUGGCUGGUUGAAGGUGGCAGAGCAGCUCAUAAAUCCGUUUGGAGAGGAUGAUGAUGACUUUGAGUCCAACUGGUUGAUUGAUAGAAACUUCCAGGUGUCUAUGAUGGCGGUGGAUGAGAUGUAUGGAGAUUUGCCCGUGAUGGAGCGAGAUCGAUACUGGAAUGAUUCGAAUCCUCGUCCGCCGUACACAGCCGCGACGCUCUUCGUGCUGCGCAAACCCUCUUUCCAAGGCUCCACCUUCGACAUGGCAAUUCCUAAAGAGGAGAUGCAUUUCCAGCCUCUGAAGGAGAUCUCCGAGAACCUGGAGGAAUCCAUGACGAGGACGCACAACCUCGCCCUCUUCAACCGGCUCCUCGGCUCCCCGUCUCCCUCGGGCUUCAUGAGCGGAGCCUUACGCCGCACCUCCACCCAGCUGCACCGCCUGACCCGCUCCGUCAGCCCCGACCCCUCCUUCUCCGACGCCGAGGAUGAGGAAGAGGAGAGGAGUGUGGGAACGGCCGGCUCUGUCCCGUCUGGACUCGGGUUGGACACCACAGAGAGCACCAUCUGCAGCUUCGAGGGAUCCAUCAGCACCUGUCCUCCGCCCUCAGGUGUGGAGUUCCUCCAGCGAGAUGGACGAGGUGAAGAGAAAAAGGAGACGAUGCUGGAGAAAGACUCACUAGUGCCGAAAAUCCAGCCCCCCACAGUUCAGGCGGGUCGUAAGAGUCCUCUCGCUAUGGGACGAGUCGAUUCUCAUUUCUGCUCCUCAAACACCACCAACCGCUCCGUACCCGACUUGUACUCUUUCCAGCCAAUCCGUGACCCGGCAAAGGUCAUGACUCCAAAACCCAAUCCACCCAAUAGCAAAGCAGAAGCAGUGUCUUUACUGACCGUCCCGUCGCUUGAAGUCUCGGCAUUUCCGGUGAAUUCAGAAAGAGAGCAGAUGCUAUAAAGGCUACCAAAGUUAAUGGCUGUGUCCGAAAUCUCCACUCAAACCACUACUCACUACAUAGAGCACUAUAUAGUGAGCUCACCAGCAUAAUAGAAACACUAUUUCGUCAUUGAUUAAUCAUAAUUGAUUACGUCAUUGCUGUCGCCCGUCCGCCAUUUUUACGAUCAGCGCAACGCAUGAUGGUAUGUAGGGAUUGGGUUAGUGACUAUCGGUUG